AGAAAGAAAAAAAAAUCCAGUUCGUAGCCUUCUUUGUAGACUAGCGUGCCAGUCUCGUUGAAGUCGGCAAGGUCAACGGACGCUACAGCCACGCCUCGCUAGUGAUGCUAUGAAACAUCUUGAAAGUUCUUGAAAUUGGGGCACAUGUGUUUAUAAAUAAGUACUGUAGAUCUGGUGGUGAUGAUUGUAUGAUAUUGGUUGACGAAUAUGAAGGAGUUUUACCUAGAGACUUGAGAAUUGUGUAUUACGUUUUCUAUGUCGGUAUAGAAUGGAUAAUAGGGCUGUGUCUAAGCAAGUUUUAUGGAUGUGUAUGGUACACCAAAAAGUUGAAUUGUAGUAAUAUAUACAAAAUAUAUCAGGUAAAGAUUAAUCAUGUAAAAAAAAGAUAAAUACAAUUGAUCCAUUCAACAGAUAAUGGACAACGCAAACAGCAUUCCCUCUUAUGCCGUGCUGUUUCUGACCACCGUGUUAGUCACUACGUCAGGAACAUGGGACACUCUGCAUCAUCGUAAUAAACAUGUAUCAGGCUUAAGUUCCUCCUCGGAAGAAAGUCGGCCACAGCACCACACGCCUCGCCCCGCCCCGCCCGGCUUUCCCUGGAGUCCUCGGGUCACGGCUCUGUCAGCGGCCAAGCCAAUGUCAAGUCGCCAAGCAGGUCUUCUCGCCCCCGACGCCACUUCCUCGCCCAGCCCCGCCCACCCGGCUCGCGUGUUUCUGCUGCCUGAGCUCCUCCUGCCUGUCCCUAUCCCUGGAUUUCACUUCGUCCCCUUUUUGCGUCCCACCCGGAACUUCGUCGAGAAGAGCGAGGGAACUUCCUACUUCUCCCAACCGGCACAGGUCGAUGUUGUGUCUCGGCAGGAUAAUAAUGUAUAUGAGUUAGGUUAUUCCGCUUCAGAGGAUAACGAGGGAGGGAAUGAGUCAUUCACUGGCCCUGCUUUUUCUUCUUUAAAACCUUCGUCAGUAUCGUCCCCCUUUCCUUCGCAUUCUUCUAUCGAAUCAUCUUUAAAUUCGUCCCCUUUCUUAUCUCCUCUUGUCCGUUCUUCUUUGUCCUCUUCCGGUCCAACAUCACCGUCCUCCUCCUCGGGGUUUCCUCCCCUUCCCGAAGAUAUAGAACCCAGGGUCAACCCGAUUGCAUUCCCCUCACCAGACGACCCCAAAAUCUACGAAACCUUGUCAAAAGACCGGAUCAUUUUCCCUUCGACCACUGAAAAGACCAUCAACUUUCCCUCACAAAGCUCCCCACCACCUUCACCCACCUCAACCUCGCCUCCCUUUCCUAAUGCCACCGUGGUUGCAAAUGUGCAUGUCGUAUCUGAAAAUAACACGGAUAUAAGAGUGAGUAUUAUAGCUCCCCACCGACCCUGUACGAGACUGUGUCAAUAUCCUGCGGGGUCUGGGGUAUGCCUUACGGAUUUCACGUGCAUCAGAAACGUUAACUUUCUCCGCGUUCGUCCUCAGCCUGUGAAAAAAGAUUGAUUUUUCUGUGUCUAUCUUCCUUUACUUUUUGUGAUCUGCUAUAGCUGCCUGUGUGAGAUCAUGUAUCAGGGAUUUAUUUAUUAUGCAGUGAUUACUUGUAGUUACCAAAAAUGUAGAUGAGUGAGAUCAUGUACCGGAGAUA